AUGUCCAGCAUCAUGUCUUUGAUCAUUUCUGCUGCAGCAAAGGAGCUGAGUAAGAAGUGCCCCCUGGUGAAUGGCAGGGGUGCCAGUGGUCAGGACAGCACCUGGAUCCUUCCCAACUUGCCCAGCAAGUGCACAUGGACAGCCACAACUCCUGCCAGCAAGUCUCCACACUCCUGUGUUCCCUUGACAGAAGAAAAGAAGAUCUUGCCCAAUAUCCUCAAGAAAAUUGGCUGCACCCCAAUGGUCCAAAUCAACAAGAUUGGGAAGUCCUAUGGGCUCAAGUGUGAGCUCUUGGCAAAAUGUGAGUACUUCAAUGCUGGGGGCAGUGUGAAGGACCGCAUCAGCCUCAGGAUGGUGGAGGAUGCAGAGAGAGCUGGGAUUAUCAAACCAGGGGACACUCUGAUUGAACCCACUUCAGGAAACACAGGGAUUGGGCUGGCACUGGUGGCUGCACUCAAGGGUUACCGCUGCAUCAUCGUCCUGCCAGAGAAAAUGAGCAUGGAGAAGGUUGAUAUCCUGAAGGCCCUGGGUGCUGAAAUCGUGAGGACGCCGUGCACUCGCUUUGAUGCCCCCGAGUCCAACGUCCGCGUGGCCUGGAAGCUGAAGAGUCAAAUCCCAAACUCUCACAUCCUGGACCAGUACAGAAACCCCAGCAACCCCCUGGCCCACUACGACACCACGGCCGAGGAGAUCCUGGAGCAGUGUGAAGGCAAGGUGCACAUGGUGGUGAUUGGGUCUGGCACAGGAGGAACCAUCACUGGUGUGGCCAGGAAGCUGAAGGAGAAGUGCCCAGAGUGCAAGAUCAUUGGUGUGGACCCUGAUGGCUCCAUCGUUGCCCUGCCCAGCGAGAUGAACAAAACCAACACCACAACCAUCGAGGUGGAGGGCAUUGGGCACGACUUCAUCCCCACUGUCCUCGACAGAUCUGUGGUGGAUCAGUGGUACAAAAGCAAUGACAGAGACUCGUUCCUCAUGUCCCGCAGGCUGAUCAGAGAGGAGGGCUUGUUGUGUGGUGGCAGCUCGGGCAGUGCCAUGUCUGUGGCUGUGAGAGCUGCCAGGGACCUGCAGGAGGGCCAGCGCUGCGUUGUCAUCCUGCCCGACUCCGUCCGGAACUACAUGUCCAAAUUUGUGAAUGAUCAGUGGAUGAUAAAAAAUGGGUUCCUAAAUGACGCCCAGGAGCACAAGCCUUGGUGGUGGAAUAUCAAGGUGCAGAAACUGAAUCUCUCGGCCCCUCUCAUCCUCCUCCCAGAAGUCAGCUGUCAAAAGGCAAUUGAGAUCCUCCAGGAGAAGGGAUAUGACCAAGCUUCUGUUGUUGCUGAGUCAGGGCUUAUUUUGGGGAUGGUGACCCUCAGCAACACCCUGAGCUCCGUGCAGGAUGGAAACGUGGAGUUCUCAGACCCUGUCACCAAGGUCACCUAUGACCAGUUCUCCAAGGUCAGCCUGGAGGACAGCCUUGGGAAGCUUUCCUGCCUCCUGGAGAAUGACCACUUUGCCAUCAUUGUACACGAGCAGAUGCAGGUCAGUGGGAACGGCAGCUCCUCCACGAAGCAGACGGUGCUUGGCGUGGUCACAUCCAUGGAUCUCCUCACCUUUGUCAGCAGCAAGGACAAGAAGUAG